AUGGACGCAAUGGAGGGCAUCGUACCGACUACUGGAGUCUUGUCCAAGCUUUACGACGAGGCAUAUGGCAACGAAGAGUACAAGGCCUCUGCUUUUUGGCAGGUUUUCCUGCAAGCGAAUUUUCACGAAGAUUUGUACUUUGUUGUAUGCGAGUCCGCUCCCGCGAGCAAUUCCCGGCGCCGCGUCGACACCAUCAUCCGCCGUUACGAUCCAGACCACCACACGCUGAACUCCCUUUUGUUCAUCGACAGCAAGCAUUCUCAUGGAAGUCGUCUAGAAGCUGAUGAACAGGUCCUCGGUGCUGCACGUCUGGCAUUUGAGUCUGACUUGCUCGCGUCCAUAUACGUCAUGACGACGAUUGGGGACGGAAUACCGCGUCGGGGCAGCUACAACGCCGACAAUUAUGUCGACGCCAAAUCACAUCUUGCCGUCGACCUAUGGACUGCUAUCAGCUACAUGAAAGCAUGCCCGCCCCUCGGCGAAGCGCCCGUACUACUGAGCAAUGCUCCGCUGCCAAAUUCCGGCAUAGAGCAAUACGGAGCCUACGAUGACGGCGAGGCAGCCGACAUUGACGACCAAACGAAUCCUACGGACUUAGGGGAACCCUCCACGGAAAAUCCGGGGGGGCCAAGUACUGGUCAAGAGGGAUUGGACAACAGCACCAUCUUGACUCCUCGCCAGAUCAUGAGUCGUAUGUUAAACAAAAUUUUUGUUCAUAUUAGACUGGAACGCCAUACUUUCGGCCACGAUGUGGUGUUAUUCAGGGAUGAAAAGGGGGUGACAAGAUCUUCUUUCCUCCGGGACUGGCAUAAAAGGAAGAUUAACGAGUUCGAGAUGCAUGUUCAUAAAAAAUACUUCACCACGGAGUUGCUAUAA